AUGCCAUUAAAGCGGACACCACUGAAGCUGUCGCAGUCCGAAACGGACUCAGAGAGUGUGAGUGGUCGCACCCAGGAUGAUGCGGGAGAUAUUCAACGGCAGCUGAUUCCAAGCCGCCAAAAAAGAAGACGUGAAAAUGAUUAUCAUGAAUUCAUGGAUGAGGUACGCACUAUGUUUAACAAAUUCACAGCGGAGCAAAACAACAAAUUAAGCAUUUUACAGCAAACUAUAACGGAUAUCAAGAUUCAAAACGGUGAGAUACGGACUUCAAUAGAAUUACUGUCAACAAAAUAUGAUGACGUUUUGAAUGAAUUGGAAACAUUAAAGAAGGAACGCAGAAACAAUAAUGAAUACAUUUAUGAGUUAAAAAACAAAAUUGAAUCUCUGGAAAGGAGCGCCAGUGCUACAAAGCUAGAGAUAAGAAAUAUUUAA